AUGGCUGGAUUUUUGGGUUGGGCACUGAGAGAGUGUUUUUGCCGCAAGGUUUUUGGUUUAGAGACAGCUUGGAUUGCGCACUGUGAGAGUGCUUAUCAUACUGUGAGAGCAUCCAUGGACUUCCGCACGGACCCGAACAUGGCUGCUUUGGAUGCCAAGUCCGAAAUGCAGGAACCACAGAGCCAUGCUGAUGAUCGAAGCACCACCAAAUAUGAACCGGCAGACACCGAUGCCCAGUCCGCUGCAGACACAGCCUGGGCAGAUGCAGUGGUUCCAGAUGUUGGGGAUGAAGGCUUGGAAAAGCUGACCGAGAGCAUCAUGGCAGCCAUGGCCAAGUUGCUGGUCAAAUAUGGUUCUUGCGCAGCUUUUUUGAAGGCCCGCUUUGCCAACCCAGACGAUGCAACUUCUUUUCUAGCCUAUUUGCAUGAUCUUUGCGCAGAAGGCCUAUAUGAUCACUGCUUGCUCCACCCUUUGCCAGCUACUUCUUUGGAAGAGCAGUCUUUGACCAAAUCACAGCCCAUUGCUUUACCUUUGGGGGCUUUCUCAUAUGACCCAACCUCAUCUUUGAAGCCGGAUGCAGACCAUGCCUUGGUGUUGAAACUGUCCCAGCUGAUAUUGAAACAUGGUUUCAUCACUUCUACCGAACCUUUAUUGGUUACUUGUCCUGCAGAGCUGUACCAAAUGGCCCAGCAACUUGGCUUGAAAAAGCCUUGGCAAGAAGUUGGCGGAGAGUUGCUUCCCCACAGCGUUGGGUUUGUGAAGGGCAAAGCCAGGAUGCACACCUUGCUGAUGCUAUUGGCCAUUUGCUUGGACAACAAGAUCAAUUUGGAUGUGGCACACUCAACAUUGGCCCAGUCCCUUCGCAGCGUGCAUUGCCAUGUGGUGCAAGGGACCAGCAAAGUGGCUGAGGUCAUCCACAACUUUGUCACAUCUAUCCGAGGUGAACUCCGCAAAGGGCCCACGAUCAUGGUCUGGGUUCAAACCCUACAGACCCUUCGUGCCCAUGGCGAAGAUGACAGCCAAGCUGUGAUCAAACGGUUCAAUGCCACUGUCCCCAAAGAGAACCAACUUUUGGGACAAAAAGCUGCAGCGGUGAAAAACUUGCUUGAUGUGUUCCCAGACCAGGCUUUGGCAUUGAUCCGCGAGCAUGUGCAACAGCUGGGCUGGGCUGGCUGUUGUUUCCAUGAUGAUGGGUUGUCUUCCAAGAAGACGGUGCCAGGGUGGAAGUUCCGGCCAAAUGUUGGCGGCUCUUGGCCGGAAUGGUCCAAGGUCACAGCGGCUUCAUGUGUGAUCAUGAUCCAGCAUGCCAUUGGCCAGUUCUUGAAGACCGAUGAAGACAAGCGAAAGAAAUUUGCCAGGGCAGACCUUGAGAAAUUGGCAGAGCAAGCUGCUUUUGUUUGUGGUGUGGCAGAAAGUGCCCAACGAGAAUUGCCCAUCACCGAUGAGGAGAUUGCAGAGGCCUGGUUGCAGCCUUUUGUGCAAGGUGAGCUGGGUGUUUUGUUGGAGGUCCAAAGUUCCAUGGCACGGAAAGAUGAUAAGAUGGAUCGCCAUGCCAACAACCGGCCAUUGAAGAAAUCUAGCAAGGACGCAGCCACUGUGGCCAUGAUCAAUCUCGAGGCCGACAGUUUCAAGCUGCUGGAAAAUCGGGUUGAAUAUGAUCUCCAGUGCCUGAGAGUGGCCCGCCACCGAAUGGAGACCUAUGAAGGGGCGCUUUACCACCAGCAGCUCACCCAUCGGAAGCAUGCCUUUGAAGUGAGUGAAUCCGCUGUGCACUCCUUCUUCGAGGCCAAUGUCAAAUUGGUUUGCUCCACCAAGCCGAGCGAUGUGGUGUGUUUGUAUGACCGCUUUGAGUUGGACUUCAGCAAGAACUAUGGCUUGCCAAAAGAAAACAUGGCUGCAAUCUUCUUGGUGAACUGGGCGGCGCUUCCGAGGGUGAAGGAUGCUGCACAGGCUUGUCAGUCACAGGUGCUGGGUGUUUUGUGCAACAACUCAUCCAAGCGAUUGGGAGCAGUCAUUUUGCCACAGUUCACCUACAAAAAAGGCCAACUGUACUUGCAUGAGAUUGCGGUGUUGCAAUCAUUGAACAAUGCAUCCCUCAACUUUGACAAGACAUGGGUCUUGGCUUUUGAGACUCGGAAGGAUAGCCGAGACAAUCGUCCACUUACAUACCCUGGACGUGCAGUGUGUGGCUGUGGGGUGGAGGAAAAAGAUUGGAUCUUCAAAGGUUGCCAUCUCAUCCGAGACGGGCGAACUGCUGCUGCUGAGCAGUUGGCAGCCAGCAACAUGCAGCGGAUUGAGGACCCAGACCCAGAAGCACUGCCUGGAUCUGCAGAUCCUGUCUGUGGUGCCCGAAAGUAUGAGCAAUUGGGAACAUCGGCCUAUGUCAAGUUGCUGGAUGCUUGUGUGGAAGGUGCCCAAUUGGAUGGGAAGGCCGGCUUGAUCAUUUGUGACUUGCAUGUGGGAGUCGGUGACAGCUUCAAUGCUUGGCUGCAAAAGCGAAGCUCCUGGACCAUGCCCACUGGAUACUUUGGCCUGACUGAUGAUGCUGUUACCCAAGAGUGGUUCAACAAGGUGAAGAAGGAAGAGAUGGCAUCAUCACACCUGGAUGGUUCAUUGGUGAUUCCAGGCUACCAGCCAGUUGCAUUGGAUGUGCCGGCAGAUCAAGUGACUGCCCGCCCUAAACCACCCAAGCUUCAUGUGCUGGUUGGGGCUGGGCCAGACCAACUUUAUCCAAAAUUCCCAGACGCAUUGGUCAAGGAGUGGGGCACACACUUGGAAUUUGGCAGCCGAUUUCAAGAGAUGAUGAACCAAGUGAUCGAAGAGUUUGGUCCUGAGCCCAUGGAGAAAGAGGAGAAGAAACGCACAGCAGGUGGCACUGAUAAAAACCCACGGCCAAAGAAGCGGGCUGGCAUCAUCAAGUCGGAAGUGGCGCCAGUGAAGAUUGAAGAGAUGCCCACAUCACCUUGCUUGUUGGAAGUCACCUUGAGCAAUGUGCGCAACAACUCAUCCAUGGUGCUUCAAGUGCUGGCUGGAAGCACCAAAGAGAUCUGGCUCCUCAACCGGGGGAACAUCGAACAGAAACUCACCCCAGGCUUUAUCCUGUCCGGCUUCGGAAAAGGUGAGUACAAGCAGCAAAGCCCAGCUUCCGACCGUGAAAUCCUCUACGACAUGUCUGGGUUGCCCCAAGUGUUGUUCCAGUCUUCUUUGCGGCCACUGGAGGAAGUGGUCAACACAGAACGAUUGAAAAAAACCAGCGUGCAAAGUCUGUUACCAUGA